AGCAGCUGCAGAGUGAAGCAGGAUUUGCUCUCUGUCCCGGAGGUCCACCUUAAAGCAACGGGGAGUGAUUAGCUCCGGCAGCUUCAGCCAAGGGGGGAGGUUUAACUUCCAGGACUCUGCGGCUGACAGAGGAGUUGUUCAUGUGACACAAGACUGAAAUCCACGUUUCCUUCAGUUGUCGUGAGUGUCUACCUGUGUGAGGAUGAAGAUACUUUACAGGUCAUGUGAUGACAAUGGAGCUGUCUCCAUGACAACAGAGCAAACUCCAUUUGCUGAUGAAGACUGGCAUUGAAACUCCCAAACUAGUGCUGGUUCAGCUGUGAGAAGAUGAAAAGAACGUCCAUACUGUUGUAGGCGUGCGCAGCAUGAGCACGUGUGCAUGUUGUCUCCGUCCUCGUCUGCGACUGUCAGUGUGUCCGCAUGUGACUGCCUCUGCUGAGUCCCGGCGGGGGGUCCGCGGGUGGCCCCGCCCACCCAGGGACGGUUCCAGCCAAUCAGGUGCUAAUGUGCGGGAACAGGAGAGGGCUGCGAUGACAGAUGGCGGGCUGACCUGGAAAACCUGCCCCCUUUUCAGGGUUCAGCAGGCGGCAGAUGACAGAACUGGUUGAUGAGAUCCACGGCUGCAUGAAGAGGCUGCUCAUCCAACCUGCCUGAGUCUCCCCUAGGUCCCACCACUCACAUGUUGUUUCGGCAUCAGAAGCUAACACCCGGUGGUCGAAGAAGUUGAGGUGGAUUAAAAAACAAAGAGCACCAGAAUAUUCCAGUGCAGUAACAUACACCGAGCCGAGACAUUUUUCUGACUCUUGUCAAGGUCAUGUCCUACUUGUCACAAACCUCAGCUGAAAACUGAAACAAACGUCCCACAGUGAAGACUCAGAGGAAAGGUCAAUAAUCUGCAGCUCGGAGCAGAGGUCCAGAAAAAGUGGGCGUCCUGUCUCCAGCGUGGUGAGCCAGAGCUCCUGUCACUCCCAUCUCCUCCUCCUCCUCCUCCUCUUCGCAGAGUUCAAGGUCGCCGUGCGGCUAUUUCCAGCUCGUCUUCACUUUGAUCCGUGUCGCAAAAUGACAAGUGUCGUCGGACCGGCCGUCACCUUCGGGAUCAGACCCAACUCUGAGAACCUGACGGCUGGAGACGUGGCGAAGACAGCAGACCUGAAGAAUGUGCAGACGCAGGAAACCAGGACACUCACUCAGUUCCACUUCCUCAGCUGGCCGGCUCAGGGCAUCCCCACCUCUACACGCCCUCUCCUUGACUUCCGCAGCUGCUGCCAUCUUCUCCUCCUGCACCACGCAUUAAUCAAGAGGAGAGAGAGAGUAGGGGAAUGACCCGCAGUAAAGAUCCAGCUGACUAUACUGUGACAUUAUCAUGCUUAUAUAUUGUUAUAUGUGAUAUUUUGUUUAUAAAAUAUUUUUUGCUGUUGUUGACUGCCAUGUAUGUCUGCGACACCUGGUCUUUGCCGUAUUUGGGAAGAGAGCAAACUUGCUGUUUAACUUCAAAAUUCAUCAUGUCAGCCGACGCUUAUCGGCCUCUCUUUCAGGGAUUCUACCUCGUAUUGGACUCAGAAAAUAAAUUGCCACGUAACGGUGCCGGAGCAGUACCUAUGUACACCAGCUGGGUGUACAUAGGUAAUCUGAGCAAUGCAGUUCAUUAAGGAUGAGUAUCUCCCAUAGUGCAGUCUCUAAGGAACCACUUGUAAAAAGAUACAGAUGGGAACCACUGUGGUGGGAUUUGCCUUACAUGUGGGUGACAGCAGCGAAACAGUAAAACAUGUUUUCUAAGCAAAUGCAUUGCCAUUCAAACAGCUGCAGUGCCGGCAUCGUCAGGAAAAGUCCCACUGACAACAAGCUGCAGACUUUUUUCUCAGUACACAUGGCUGACUGAGGCACUCAACAGAACUCAGCCACUGUGAUUUCACUGCUUUGACAAAUCAUAACGUUAGGUUCAUUUUUAACAAAGGCCUGGGUAUGUGGAGUUUCAAAGAUCUAAUGCUGCCUUCACACAAAAUCAACAAAAUGGGAUUUGGGAGAAUUCACGUUAUUCCAAGAUGGUAAAGGUAAGGAAAAUAUAGAUUGGCUAUACCACACACUAUUUAUGCAUAAUGACUUAAGAAAAUGCUGAGCUUGGCAUUCCAAGUCUCCCUACCUCUCCACAAUAUACGAGUCCCUUGGAUUUUUAAUCUCUCUUUAUAAUGUAUAUAUGGGUUCUAACCUCGAGAUAUAUUGCACAGUUUAUCAUUAACCCUUGGGGGUCUGAUGCUAUUUUCUCGAUUUUUACAUCUUUUUUAAAUUAACCUUCCAAAGUACUUGCAUAUAAGACCCAAGUGUUUUAUAAUUUAAAAAAAAAUGGUUCGAUAUUUAACAUUUUGUGAAAACGCACCUUUAACCGUGUCUUAAAGUGUUUUGGUACUUUAAUGUGUUUACCGUCUCAGUCUCAGAUUCGCAAUAGUAGUAGAGCAUCUUCCUGUUAGCUGACGUAUGUCGUCAUUGGUCACGACGUGGCUCGUCAUUGGUCACGAGCUUCUGGGAGGAGCUGUUCAGAGAGGAGAAUCAGAUAUGAACCAUGUUCGAGUCAUUGCCUCUGUUUGCCAGUAGUGCGGGGGAACGUCACCACCGAGGUCCGGAUGCUAAAACAAACUCUGGAGCUGUUUUUUGUGGAGCUGUUCUGCGGCGGCGGCGAGUCCCCUCACCAGGCCAACUUCAAAACAGGGUCCAGAGCGUUGGAAAUUUCUCCUCCUUGUCACGGCAACCACCGAAGGCCACCGCCUACGUCAGUCCUACCAUCAAGGGCUCAGCCUCCAUGCUGACCUCCACCAGCCUGCAGUCUCUGAACAGCAGCAGUGGGAGUAACGGCGGGGUCGGCAGUGGGAUCCCUCUUCUCAGCAAACCUCCCAGUGGAGGGGGGACACCCGCUUCUGCCCCGAGCAUUCCCCGCAGCAGCCUGCCUCGCCCCGCCUCCUUUGUGGGCACCACAAGCUCCACCCCCCGCAACAAGGUGGCCCAGCCAGUGCGAAGUUUACUGACACCUCCAAAGAGCUUGUCCACCCUCAGUGCCCUUCGUGACAGCACCUGGAGAGAUGGCUGCUACUGACGAGCGGAGGAACCGGUGCAGUAGUGCAGUGGCACCCCGCUGGCUGGGGUAACUCACUACACCUCAACGUCACAUCUUUCAUAGGGGGAUAUUGAAUGGGUUUGACCAAAAAGUAACCUUAGAUCUGAGAGAUGCUGCAUAGAAUAGGUAGAUGUUACCACAGUUGAGGGUCUGAUCUGUUCUCUGACUGAUCUCUCAUGUCAUCCAUUCAAUCCUAAGCAGAAGCUUCACACAUAGGCUGAGUUUGGUCCGUGCCAAGGGGGAGUUGGUUCCUAGUUGCUCUGUUGCUCUUGUGCAAUAAACCACUGGCUGUAGGGUAUCCAUCAUGCUAACCUGCUAAAGAGGGCUGCCAGUUUUUAUGAAAUGAGCCUCACGAUACUGUAUGUAUUUAUAUAUUUAUUUUAGGUAAAAAAUUUUGGACUAAUCAGGUGUUUUUUCCCUCUGGCAACAGGCGCCAUUAAUGCUGCUAAAAUGUAAUCAGUCCCUCUUAGUUUGGGCACAUUUGGUGUAAUUUUUACAAGUAAGACAUUAAAGUAUGUAUUCAUGUACAAAGCUAACUAUUAAGUGUGCAUACAUAUAUAUAUAUUGAUGCAAUAUGACUGAUUUUUAAAUGUGAAUCUUGACCAAAAUGAAAAUGUCUAAAUGUGUUUACAAAAUUGUCACCAACACAAAACUUUGUGCAUAUUAACACUUUCAAAUUGUUUAACAACCUAUAAGGGAAACUGUUCUUGUUGCACUUUGUAUACAUUUCUGAAUUUACUGCUAUUUUUAUGUUCUGUUUACCAAUGUUUGCACUUCUUUUAAGUUGGAUUCUCUGGAUUUGGGGGGGGGGGGUUAAUUCAAUGUCUUUACAUUUUCUCUGUAAUAUUUGUCUUGGGGUUUUAAAUGACUGUUAACAUGGCACAUCUCACAAACUGUGACACUUUUGUUACUGUGAUGGACUGAAUGAGUGAAGCAUUUUAAUAAAAUACACUGUUUUCCCCUUAAAUUGAACUCAUCU